UUCAUUCUAUCCACGCUGUGUGGUGCAUAGGUUGACAAUGCACCAAUUCUAAUAACUAAUAUUACAACAUAUUUGCCCAUUUGUCUGAAAUAAGCAAGAGUCUGGUCUGAAACCUGAAUCGACAUUCAAGGAAAAUGGCAACCAUUAUUGCUGGCACCUCAACAUCUUCAAUCAUCCGCACAAGUUUUGUGCACAAGCAACCUCUUGGAGUCUCAUCCCAUACCGUUGUUGGAUUGCCAUCAAUAGCUAAGGUUGGAAGAGUGAGAUGUUCCAUUGAGGGAAAGCCUGAUGUGCAAGGAAGCAGCUCAAACAUAGGUAUGGGAGCAUCCUUGAUAGCAGCUAUCUCUGCUGCAACCUUGUCAAGCCCAGCAGCCAUGGCUUUGGUAGAUGAGAGAAUGAGCACCGAAGGAACUGGCCUUCCCUUUGGACUUAGCAACAAUCUUCUUGGUUGGCUUUUGUUUGGUGUCUUCGGUCUUAUAUGGGCUCUCUAUUUUAUAUACGCUUCCUCCCUUGAUGAGGAUGAAGAUUCUGGAUUGUCUUUGUAAAACCCCAAAAGGAUAUGCACCUUAGAAAUUGGACAGUUCAGUCCUUUUUUGUUGUAUUAAAAAACUACUACUUGUGUAUUUAUUUAUUCUGGUUUCUCUUCUCUAGUACUUUCAAAUAGCUAAUUCUUUCUUUGUUAUGGAUUA